CCUCUCCCCCGGAAGAGCAGGUUUGUUAUCGAGAGCUGCGCUACAAACUGAAAUACAAGUUGGCGUUAGUCAUCGACCAGGUUUUAUAAGCGAAUAUAAUGGAAUCUAUGAAAGGGAGAUCCUCCGCGCGCUCCCGAGAAGCGAAACGCGAUCAACAUCCCAUACCGUCUCAAAAAGAUGCCUAUGCCAGGCUGCUCAGUCAACACCAAAGCAUCAAAUUCCGAUCUUACCUGGAACAGUUUUCUCAGCCAACAUCACUGAUACACGAUGAUGAGACCGGUCCGCAACAUCCACCCGCGUGCUUUCCAGGUGAUAAAAACAGGAGGACACGAGGACCACCUUUUAUUGAGUGUGCAGAUUCAAGUGACACCUCAGUACGUCAGAACAAAAAGGGAAAAUGUUUGGAGAAAUCUAUCAGACAAGAGCAGUCCCCUGUAGACAGAAAGCAUAACCACGAAAACUGGAGAGAUGCGAUGUCCAAUCUAGAUGGAAUCGUAGAUUUAGAUGAAGGCAAUCACCAAGGGAGCAAGCAGAAAGGUGAAGUCUUGAAUCACAAAGGAAGCUCACAGAGGCAUAAUACAGAGGAAGACACAGCUUUGGGCUCAAAAUGUAACUCUCAGCAGCCUCUUGAAAAUGACGCAAAGACCAGAAAGGACCAGAGCAAGAAAAAGGCAAAGAAAAAGAGUGCCUCUAAGGCUAAUGCAGAGAAUAAGCUGGAUGCAGCUCUCGGUUCAGAGAAUGAUUGGGGGUGUGAAGCAAACAUUACAACCCCUCUUAAAAACCAGAAACCACAAGGGUCAAAUAUGUGUUCUAAUGAAAAAGCUAAAAAGACUAGGGGAGGAAGAGGAUCAAAAAAGAGGGUUUUCGAAGAAUACAUGAGUGUUCAUGAUGUUUCAUCUGGCUUGAAAAGAGGAGAACUCAUUCAGGGGUCACUAAGAAUCAACCCUAGAAAAUUCCAAGAGGCAUUUGUUCCAUCUCCAGAUGGCACAGCAGAUAUAUUUCUGGAUGGAGUUGUGUCUCGCAACAGGGCACUGACUGGAGAUGUGGUAGUGGUGCAGGUUCUCCCCCCUGAACAGUGGAAGGUGUUAAAGUCAGAAGCAGAUGUUGAAGGACUGAAUACUUCCCAAAGUGCUCUUGGACAGACACCAUUGAAGCUCAAAACAACAGAGCCCUCCCCCACCCCUGAUGUCAUUGUAGAAGCUCAGUACAGUGGUGAUGAAGACGGUUUGGCUCAGGGUGUUCGUAACAUCAGUCUUCAAGGAAAAGCUCCAGAUACCCCACAAAAAGCUGACCAUGACUGUAACUCACGGGCCUCUACUGAGCGAGUGCUUCAGAGGACAGGGAAGGUGGUUUACAUCGUGGAGCAGAAACACUCUCGGGCAGCGUCAGGCUUCAUCAAGUUUCUCCCGGAUAAGAACUUUGCCAUGUUCGCCCCUGUGGACCAUCGUGUCCCACGAGUGAACGUUCCGCUUGCGGACUGUCCGGCAGACUUCGUGUCCCGUCCAGGGGACUAUGCAAACACGCUGUUUGUCUGUCGGAUCACUCACUGGCCAGCAGAUAACAACUUUGCUGAGGGGCGCCUCGCCAAGACCCUGGGUCAGGCGGGAGAGAUCGAGCCAGAGACAGAGGGCAUCCUCAUGGAGUAUGACGUGGACUUCUCAGAGUUCUCCGAUGACGUCCUGGCCUGUCUGCCCCAGGCUCUACCAUGGACCAUCCCACCUGAGGAGAUUGCCAGGAGGCGAGAUUUAAGAAAAGAAUGCAUUUUCACAAUUGACCCAGCUACUGCCAGAGAUUUAGACGAUGCCUUGUCCUGCAAGCAGCUACCCGAUGGGAACUUUGAGGUUGGAGUUCAUAUUGCAGAUGUCAGUUAUUUUGUUGAAGAGGGAAAUGCACUGGAUUUUAUUGCCAGUAGAAGAGCUACGAGUGUUUAUUUGGUUCAGAAGGUGAUUCCUAUGUUGCCACGUCUUCUAUGUGAGGAGCUGUGUAGCCUUAACCCCCUGACGGAUCGACUCACUUUCUCUGUCAUAUGGAAGCUUUCUCCUGAGGGCAAGAUCUUGAGCGAGUGGUUCGGUCGCUCUGUGAUCCGCUCCUGCAUCAAGCUGAGCUACGACCACGCCCAGAGCAUGAUCGACGCCCCGGACAAGCUCUUCACCGUUGAGGAGCUUCCACCCUGCGACCCGGAGCACCCCAUCGACGAGAUCCACCAGGCCGUGCUGAACCUGCACGCAAUCGCCAAGCGGCUGAGAGCGCAGCGCUUUGAAGGAGGGGCUCUGCGGCUCGAUCAGCUAAAACUGGCCUUCACUCUGGACCGAGAGUCUGGGAUGCCCCAGGGCUGUUACAUCUACCAGUACAGGGACAGCAACAAGCUGGUGGAGGAGUUCAUGCUCUUGGCCAACAUGGCCACUGCCCACCAGCUGUACCGCACCUUCCCUGAGCUGGCCCUCCUCCGACGGCACCCUCCCCCCCAGACCAAGAUGAUCGACGACCUGCAGGAGUUCUGUGACCAGAUGGGUCUGAACAUCGACUUCUCCUCGGCUGGAGCCCUGCACAAUAGUCUGCACGAGACCCUGGGCAACGACGAGUACACCAGCGCCAGGAAAGAAGUCCUCACAAAUAUGUGCUCCAGACCUAUGCAGAUGGCGGUGUAUUUUUGCACGGGCGUGCUGAAGGACGAGACCCUCUUUCGCCACUACGCGCUGAAUGUGCCCUUGUACACUCACUUCACAUCGCCCAUCAGACGCUACGCUGAUGUCAUUGUCCAUCGGCUUCUAGCGGCAUCUAUCGGGGCAGGCUCUCGUCUGGGUCUCACUGGAGAGGAGGUUCACAAACAGGCAACUCACUGCAACGACAAGAAGACUGCCUCAAAGAGGGUUCAGGAGCUAAGCAGCGAGCUCUUCUUCAGUGUCUUUGUUAAGGAGAGUGGUCCUUUGGAGUCUGAGGCCAUGGUGAUGGGAAUGCUUGACCAGUCCUUUGAUGUGCUGGUUCUUCGUUAUGGGGUGCAGAAAAGGAUCUACUGCAAUGCUCUAGAGGGCCUUGAGAGCCAUCACUACAGAAAGGUGGGGAAGCGCCCGGAGAUGACCUUGGUGUGGGCAGCAGAGGACCCGACGAAGGGCCCCAUACGACAGGAGCUCUCUGUAUUCACACUGAUCGACGUUCAGCUGAGGGCGGACAAAGUGCCAACGAAAUACAGUGCUGUGACGAAGAGACCCGAGCAAGCCCCAUGAGACACACACACACACACAC